UUUCAAUAGCACAAACGGCCGGCCUGAUCAGCGCAAGCAAGCUGAGUCGAACCCAAGAAAAAGCCUCUUGCUUCCACUAUCAAUCCAUCAAUGGCGGCGAGAAUUAUGUCCGGCAGCAGCAUAUUCUUGGCCGCGGCGGUGGCAGCGGCCUUGCUGGUGGCGACAGCGUCGGCGCAGUCCGGGUGCACGGCGGCGCUCGUCGGCCUGUACCCGUGCAUGAACUACAUCAGCGGCAACGACACGGCGCCCACAAAGUCCUGCUGCUCGCAGCUUGGCUCCGUGGUGGAGUCGCAGCCGCAGUGCCUCUGCAGCGCGCUCGGCGGCGACUCGUCGUCGCUCGGCGGCAUGACCAUCAACAAGACGCGCGCGCUCGAGCUGCCCAAGGCGUGCAACGUGCAGACCCCGCCGGCGAGCAAGUGCAACGGUGGUGGCAGUGCUCCUGGCGCCGCCACGCCGACCACGCCAGAGGGGCAGACACCUGCCGGCUCUGGGUCGAAGGCGACGCCAUCGGCGUACCUGCAGGAGAACGGCGGCUCGUCACUCAGGGGCACGGCGGGUCUGGUGUUUGCGCUCGCGGCUGCUGCGGUCUACGCCGUGUAGUGAGCGAGCGUCUCGGACGCUGGACUGAAGCGGUAGCUGGCUGGCGACUCAGAAAUUCGUUUCCUGUGUGACACGAUUUGAUUUCCAUAUUGGUUUAGCAUUGAGCAUUGGCGAGGAGGGUUGGUCAUUGUUGUGUUCCACAUCUGUACUAUAGCAUUAUUUGGUUUCUUGCUGCAGUCGAAAUAAAGAGCUACUGGCUGUUU